UGAUUUUUACGGUAACACUGAAAACUCCACAGAGAUGCUGAACCUUUUUCCAUCUUCAUCUUGUUCAUGUCUCACCAUCCAAAACCCUAAUAAACUCUCCUCUCUCGAAUCCAUUACACCCACUUGCUUAAACCCUAACACCUCUUCUCUCUCCUCCUCUACAACAACCAAACCCUCUUCCCAAAACCUCUCCUUCAAAUGCCGCCACUCCAACAAUUACUUCGAACAACAGCAACAGCAGAGGUUCGCCCCCAAACCCCCACCAACGAACGACUCCAAGUCAGGGCAACCUAGAGUUUUCGUCGGCCAUUCGGUAUACAAAGGAAAGGCGGCUCUCACGGUGGAGCCUCGGCCUCCGGAGUUUUCAGCUUUAGAUUCCGGGGCGUUUAAGCUUACCAGGGAAGGUUACGUGUUGCUUCAGUUUGCUCCUGCAGCUGGUGUUCGUCAAUAUGACUGGGGCCGGAAGCAGGUAUUCUCAUUGUCAGUAACUGAAAUAGGAACUCUGAUUGGCCUUGGAGCAAGGGAUUCAUGUGAAUUCUUUCACGACCCUUUUAAAGGAAAAAGUGAUGAAGGUAAAGUGAGGAAAGUGUUGAAGGUAGAGCCCCUUCCUGAUGGGACUGGCCACUUCUUCAAUCUCAAUGUUCAAAACAAGCUAAUAAAUAUGGAUGAGAGCAUUUACAUCCCUAUUACCAAAGCCGAGUACACAGUUCUAGUCUCUGCAUUUAAUUUUAUUGUGCCAUACCUUUUAGGUUGGCACACCUUUGCCAAUUCCAUAAAGCCAGAAGAUAAUAUCCGUGUGAAUAAUGCUAAUCCCAGGUCUGGAGCUGACUUUGAAUGGAGCAGGUAGAGUAGUAUAGUCUUUCAUUGUAAGGUUCCCUAGAGCAUGGGAUGAAGAAUGAUGGCCUUUCGAUUUUCUUGGCCUUUUUUUGUUGCAUUGUUAUUUCUUGUUUAAUUUGCCCAGCUUUGUUGUGCUAUAUUAGCCUGUUUCUAGGUAAAAGAUUCCCAAAUUUUUUUGUUAGUUUUCUUUGUUGUCAGGUUGGAUUUUGCAGUGGCUGCUUUCAGGACAAAUAUUUUCAAUGAACAGAUUUUCACAUUUUACCAUCUGUUUUUUU